AUGACUAAAAAGGGAGGGGAAUCUUGCAGGGAUGACAGCUAUGGCUGCCACGGCGCAGCUAGUAUUUCAGUUUUGGGAAAGAUGAGAAGAGAGAGGAGCAGAGAAGAAGGAAGGUUGUAUGGUUUUCUGAAUUUUUUGAAAAAGUUGGUGGGGAAAGAUCGUAGGCUUAUUGGGAAGGGGGACAGGUCACUUGGACAGGAUCAGCAAAAUUGGAACAAUGGGAUGUUUUUGGAUGGCUACUUAAUGGAAGCUCUAAACACCGAUGCCGAUGCCGAUGCCGAUGCCGAUGUCGAUGCCAAAUCAAAGAUCAAACAAUGUAGAAACUGUACCACAAAAUACAGAGGUUUUCUUGAUAUGGGAAGAUUGAAAAUUGCGAACUUUGAAAUCUUUUGUCUCAAAGCUUAUGCACACGACUAUGACUACAGUUAUACAGCCGAGUGUUUGAAAAAUCCUCUCAAACCUCAGUAUAAUGGAGGGAUAGUGGUAAAUUCAGAACUUAAUGAUGGAUUAAAUGGAUGGUCUCUUGCGGGAGAUGCUAAAAUCAAAAACAACGUUUCAAGUGAUGGAAACAAAUUCAUCGUUGCCUCAGAGAGGAAAGGACCAAAUCAUGGGUUCUCACAAACAUUUCAACUGGAUAAAGACAAGUUCUAUGUCAUUUCUGGAUGGGUACAAGUGAACCAUGGUGAUGAUACCAGUAUAGCAGUCAUAUUCAAGACACAAGAUGGUUUUCAACAUGCUGCUUGGGUCAUUGCUAAAUCUGGUUGUUGGUCCAUGUUUAAGGGUGGACUAGCUAAUGCUUCUGGUCCUGCUCAGCUCUAUUUUGAGACCAAUAAUACAGCAAUCGACAUAUGGGCAGAUAGUAUUUCAGUACAACCAUUCAGCCAAGAAGAGUGGGAGCGCCAUCAAAAUCAAAGCAUUGAAAAGGUACGCAAAAGCAAAGUGGCAAUCCAAGUAGUUGACUCACAAGGCAAGCCUUUACCUAACGCAACAAUCGCCUUAGAACAAGGAAGAGCCGAUUUCCCAUUUGGUGUUGCAAUCAAUGCAAACAUCCUUGACAACACUGCUUAUCAAAACUGGUUCUUCUCAAGAUUCAAGGUCACAGUAUUUGAAGAUGAAAUGAAAUGGUACAGUACCGAGGUAACUCAAGGCAAUGUAAACUACUCAAAAGCUGAUGCAAUGGUCAAAUUAUGCAAGAGCAAAGGUGUUGCUGUCCGAGGCCAUAAUAUAUUGUGGGAUAACCCCAAACUUCAACCAAAUUGGGUUCCUGCACUUUCGCCACAACAACUCUCUAUUGCUUCAGAUAAAAGGGUGGAGUCAGUCGUCGCAAAAUAUAAAGGCGAAAUCUUUCAUUGGGAUGUUAUUAAUGAAAAUCUUCACUUCAACUUCUUCGAGAGUAAACUUGGUCCAAAUGCAUCUACUCACUUUUUUCGUUUGGCUUCUCAGUUUGAUAAUACGACUAUGUUCUUGAAUGAAUUUUUUACAAUAGAAAAAACAUACGAAACAUCAUCACCAGCAAAUUACCUCAAGAAGAUUAAACAAUUAAGGACAGAAGGGUAUGGUGGUCCUCUUGGAAUUGGAUUGCAAGGACAUUUUUCUUUGCCGAUCCCUCCUUAUAUUAGGUCCGCACUCGAUAUGCUUGCUUCUGCAAAAUUGCCUAUCUGGAUCACUGAGUUGGAUGUUACUAAUUCCACAAAUCAGGUAAAAUUCUUGGAUCAAAUUAUAAAGGAGGUAGUUAGUCACCCAGCUGUUGAAGGCGUACUAAUUUGGUCCGGAUGGAAACGAUAUGGAUGUUAUCGGAUGUGUUUGACUGAUAACAAUUUCAAAAAUUUGCCUACUGGAAAUGUUGUGGACAAAGCUCGUGUGACAUUGUCACACGAGGGUUUGGUUGGGAUUACAAAUGCAGAGGGUUAUUUUGAGACUUCACUGUUUCAUGGAGAUUACAAAGCCAUUGUUGCUCAUCCUUCGGUUCCAAAGUCAUUUCAAUACAAUUUUACAGUGACGCCCAAUGGUGGAAGUGAUCAUGUGAAAUCAUUAAGUUACAAAUUCACUACUGUAUGAGAUUAUUUUCUUUCUUACUGGAUUGCACUUUUGUGCUUGCUGUAAAUGUUAUGAAUACCAAAUUUGAAUGAAAGAAUUAUCACAACAUA